AUAAGAGAUAAACAGAAUGGUAUACAUUGUCCUAUUUCCGGACAGAACUUGUUCAGGAGGCAAAAUAGCACAACAAUUAUGGCUUGGAUAAACAUUGUUUUGGCGGUUGUUCUGUUUGUGGUAAGCCCGUUGCCUGUUAUAUCCAGUACAACGGUAGGCCUUCCCACGUGCCCACAUAAAUUCGUAUACUUAGAUGGUUCCUGCUUCAAAGGCAUAAAGGUUUCUGCAACAUGGCCGGAGGCCCUGGCGUACUGUGAAGUGUUUGGAGCAGAAUUGGCGAUCAUCAAGUCAGCGGAGGAGCAAAAAGCCGUGGAGGGAUACCUGAACACUUUACACGAUCCUGAGUAUGGGAGUACAAAGCAUCAUCAGUACUGGUUUGGAGCGAAUGACAUCAUAACAGAGGGAGAUUGGAAGUGGGCAGUUACCACAGAGACGAUUAACUAUACCAACUGGCGAAAUAACCAGCCAGAUAAUGGCGGCGACGACAAUGACUACGAUGAUGAACACUGCGCUGAAAUGUCAGAGGAACACAGCUGGCAGUGGAACGACAACGGAUGCGAAGAGGAGAAACACUUCUUGUGCGAAAUGAUUACCGAAGCAUAGUGAUUGAUGGACAUUGUACAAGUUGUUACUAACAGGACAGAUAAUUGACCAACCAAGACAGAAGAAUGCAUCAUUUUACCAAUAAAAUCGAAAAUAAAGUAUUAAGUAAUA